AUGGAACCUGCCCAAUUGAUUUCUCAAGAGUGGGAUUCUCUUAGUGGACAGUACACAGCUGAAGAAGCUGAUUUCAUGUCUCAAUUCCUUGGUGGUAACUAUUCUUUCACCGAGAAACACUGUGGGGAUGGAAAUACUAAUUUUGGCACACCAUCUUAUUUUUCUUCAAAUGUUGCAAACUCUAAUUCUAUGUGUUUCUCCGAUGGGAGUAGCACAAACACUGCUAAUAGUGCUGAUGGCAUCUACUACUCGGAUCCGGCAACAAACAUUGAUUCGUUGUCCAUGCUUUUUUGCUCGGGAGAAGAUGCUAAAUUUAGUCCACAAUAUUUCAAUGAUAGUUUUAGCCAUCAGAUAAAUUAUGAAAACAUUGAUCAUGAGAGGUUAUGUUUAGAGCCAUAUGAAAUGAUGAUGGUUUCGGAACCUUCUUCAGAAGAAAAUAGAAGCCAAAACAUGGAGAACCCUGCAAAAAGAUUUAGGACCUCAAAUGCUUCCAUGGAGCUAAAUGAGGGAACAUCUCCAAUUCUAAGUCCAAAAGAACCUCAAGUGCCGAAUUUAUGUAGAAAAUCAAAAGCACGAAAUGGUCCUGCCACUGAUUCUCAGAGCAUUUAUGCAAGAAGGAGAAGAGAAAGAAUAAAUGAAAGGUUGAGAGUCUUGCAGACCCUUGUCCCAAAUGGAACUAAGGUGGACAUUAGUACCAUGCUUGAAGAAGCUGUUCAAUAUGUCAAGUUUUUGCAGCUUCAAAUUAAGGUUCUAAGCUCUGAAGAUAUGUGGAUGUAUGCUCCAAUUGCUUACAAUGGAAUCAACAUUGGAUUAGACCUCACUUUUUCAUAG